AUGGGUUUCCCUUCGUGGUGUCUGUCAUUUUUAUAUUUGAUUAUAGUUUUAUCUGAUGUUUUUAUUCGAUCGAUGGAAUUUCCAGAAUAUAUGGUAAGCGAUAGUGAAAUUGUAAAUUUGGUGAAACAAUUUCGACAACAAGAUGUCAAUAAAGCUGCUAAUGAGCAAAUAAUUUUGGAUUAUCAAAGACAUACAACAGUUGGUGAUUCGAGUGAUAAAGCCGAACAAAGGUUCUUCAAACGAGUGGAUCCCGCUUUACUGGAAAGAAAUACAUAUAAAAAAUGGAUUGCACUCAGCAAUGAAUUCGUGCCAGAAGCUGGCAUUGAAGAAAAAAACACGCCGGAAAAGAAUAAAGCUAUUGAUGAAUUUUUAGACGCAGCUUUUAACACCUCAAUAUGGAGAAAUCUUUUUCACUUUAUGAAUGACAAAGGUCAUCCAUAUGCAGUAAACUUGAAAACAUUCCGUAUUUGGAUUAGGCAUUUAUGGUUUGGAGGAUAUUCACGAAAAAUGCGUCUCAUUGAUUCAAGCGGAUUUGAGCAUGUUUUCAUGGGAGAGUAUAAUGAUAAUAGUAUAAAUGGAAUGCAUUCAUGGAUACGAUUUUAUUUAUUGGAACGAAAUGCUUCACAACAACUUAAUUAUCAUGGCUAUAUCAUUAAACGAUUUAAUUUCAUGGCUGCAGUGAAAUUUAGCUGGCGCAAUCAUGUUAAAAGAGUUACUUCAUUUUUCAUAGGAACAAGUCCGGAAUUUGAUUUGGCACUUUAUACACUAUGCUUUCUUACACGUCAAUCACGUAAUACCUGCAAGUUUGAAUUGGAAGGAUGUCCAUUUCUCGUUACCAGUUAUAAUUUUAAGCAACAAGGCAAAAAUUUUAUCGGAACAAUUUAUCCAAUUUCUGGACCAUUUACAAACAAAUGCCGACAAUAUAAUAGUUAUUAA